UCUGUUUUCUGUCUUGUCAACACCACGAUUCAGCAUCAUGACAACGCAAUAACACCCGCUCAAGCCGACUCCGCACCGCACAACGCAAUGGACCUCACCAGCCAACUCCGCGCUGCCAUCCUCGCCCAAUCCCUCCCCUACCCGUCGACCGCCUUCCUCAACUCCCUCACGACCGCCCGCUCCCCGCCCCCGCCACUGCCGUCGCUGGUCGCAACCGCCAAAGCCCGCCUGCUCGCCGCCGACCUGUCGUCCUCGUCCCUGUUCAGCGUGGGCUCUCUGCCGAGCCUUCCGCCGGGCGUCGAUGCGGCCGCCACGCGCGAGCUCCGCCUGCCGCGCGCCGUGCACGUCCAGGUCGUCGACGUCGAGAACCUCUCGCUGAGCCGCUGGGAGCAGAUCGAGGAGCUGGAGGCUGUGGAGCGCGGGGAGACGACGCGCGGGAGGGAGGUUAUCCGCGUCACCGCCGAGGACGACAAUGAGAAUGGCGAGAGCAGUGCGCAGACGCAGACGCAGCGGCCAUCUACGCGAACACCGACCUCGACGGGCAUUCGUCCCGCCGGCAAGAACGCAACGCACCGGCUCACGCUGCAGGAUUGCAAGGGCACAAAGGUGUAUGCGAUUGAGCUAAAACGCAUGGAUAGCAUUGGUGUUGGCAAGACCCAGAUGGGCGAGAAGCUGCUCCUAAAGGCCGGCACAGUGAUAGCACGCGGAACGAUAUUGCUAGAACCAGACAAGUGCGUCAUGUUGGGUGGCAAGGUCGAGGCCUGGCAGAGGGUGUGGAUGGAUGGGAGGUUGGCGAGACUUCGCGAGACCGUCAACCAAGACGAGACGCAUCGCUCGUGAGAGGAUAGGAUUUUGGAGACUUGGGAGGUGCAGCGUUUAUAGAGUGAUACC